UCAUUGUUUGCGGCUCAGCGCUGCUCAGCACCGCCGGGCGGAGUGAGAGGAGACGGGUCAGAGGAAAAUGGCGGACGGUGUGGAUCACAUCGAUAUCUACGCCGACGUAGAGGAGGAAUUCAACCAGGAAGCAGACUACCCAGUCCACGAACAGAUCGACCUGUAUGAUGAUGUUAUAUCCCCAUCAGCCAACAAUGGUGACGCCCCAGAGGACCGCGACUACCUGGACACACUGCCCACACCAGGUGGCUCAGAGGGAGGGAAGAGUGCACCACCCAACGUGGUGUACACCUACACUGGCAAAAGGAUUGCCCUGUACAUAGGAAACCUCACAUGGUGGACGACAGACGAGGAUCUGACAGAAGCUAUCCGGUCGGUAGGCAUCACAGAUGUGCUGGAGAUCAAGUUCUUUGAAAACAGAGCCAAUGGACAGUCGAAAGGGUUUGCGCUGGUGUGUGUGGGCUCGGAGGGAUCAUCCAGGAAGUUAAUGGAGCUGCUGUCAAAGAGGGAGCUCCAUGGUCAGAAUCCCAUCGUCACGCCGUGCAAUAAACAGUCCCUCAGCCAGUUUGAGAUGCAGUCACGCAAAAGUAAGCAGAUGUCUGGAGAAGGUAAAGCUGGUCCCCCUGGCGCUGGCCCUCGUGGGGGUUUCCCCAUGGGUCGAGGCAGAGGCAGGUUCCCUGGACCACGGCCCGGAGGAGACCGCUUCCCUGGUCCCGUUGGGCCCGGAGGACCACCACCACACUUCCCUGGCUCGGGGAUGAGACCAGAUCUGAUUAGGCACCAAGAUGGCCCUCUGAUGGAUAUGGGUUUCAAUCCCUUCCCGCCGGGGGGUAGGAACGGGAGCUGGCGUGGCAGAGGUGGCAUGCAGGGUCCUCCACGCCCCCCUCCUGGUCCUCCUGGCCCCCCUGGUCCUCCAGGACCUCCACCUCCAGGUCAGGCCCCCCCUCCCCUUGCUGGUCCUCCAAAUCGUGGUGACCGGCCUCCUCCUCCUGUUCUCUUCCCUGGUCAGUUUGGCCAGCCUCCAAUGGGACCCCUGCCCCCAGGCCCCCCUCCUCCAGGUUACGGCCCUCCCCCUGGUCCCCCACCCCCUCAACAGGGCCCGCCACCCCCGGGACCAUUCCCUCCACGGCCCCCAGGCCCUAUUGGGCCCCCAAUGGCUUUGGCUCCACCGCCACACAUGCCAGGUCCCCCGCCAGGUGGACCACCACCCGCACCCCAUGUCAACCCUGCCUUUUUUCCCCCACCUGGCAACAACAACAUGCCCCCCAACGACAGCCGAGGCCCCCCAGGACCAAACGACCCAUACGGACGCCCGCCACCAUAUGACAGAGGGGACUACGGUCCUGGAGGCCGGGACAUGGAGGCGUCACGGACCCCUCUGAGUGAGGCAGAGUUUGAGGAGAUCAUGAACAGGAACAGAGCCAUCUCCUCCAGUGCCAUAUCCAGAGCGGUGUCUGACGCAAGUGCAGCUGACUAUGGCAGUGCUAUAGAGACCCUGGUGACAGCUAUCAGUCUGAUUAAACAGUCCAAAGUGUCAGCAGACGAUCGCUGUAAGGUCCUCAUCAGCUCCCUGCAGGACUGUCUCCACGGCAUUGAGUCAAAAAGCUACGGUUCUGCCUCCAGACGGGAACGUUCCAGGGAACGAGACCACAGCCGCUCCAGAGAAAAGAGCAGACGGCACAAAUCCCGCAGUCGGGACCGGCAUGAGGACUAUUACCGAGAACGCAGCCGAGAGCGGGACCGCCAUCGCGAGAGGGACAGAGACCGAGACCGCGAGAGAGAGAGGGAGAGAGAGUACCGUCACCGCUAGACGGGAGGGGAGCUAACGAGGAUCAAGGAUGGAUGGAAGGAAAAGGAGGAAGUGCGCCACCACCUCCCCACCCUGCAUGACCGGACAGGAUUUACAACCACCACCUCUUCCUCCACCCCUCCAUCUCUCCUCUCCUCUCCGUCUCCACCCAUCCUUCUCUCUGUCUGUUCAUCUUGUCUGCCUGAAUAAGAGCAGUGGAUGGAAGACCCUGACCUGUGUAAGGCUAUGUUAUCCAAACAUCUAUUCUCAUGGUAACUAAAGAUGAAAGAAAAGAAACUUUCCAAACAGUUCUUUUAUUUUUACGAUGUUUUAUUUGACAUGAAGAUGACUACGUGUGAUGCUUUUUUGCAAAGAAACAAUAAAAAAAAAUGGCCCAUGCAGCCCCCUAACCAGAAGACACAAACAUUAUAUCCUAUUUGUUUUUUUAUUUUUCCUUGGCUCGCUGUACUGUGUACAUUCAGUUUAGAGAUCAGUUUUUAUAGGGUACAUCUCUGAUGUGUUCUCCCCACCCCUCCCUCUCAUUCUCAUUUAUCCUUUUGUUGUUAGUAUGUUUGUAAAUGUCUCUCUGCUUUUGAUUAAAAACUAGAUGGUGUUGUAAUAAAAAAUGUUUACUGAGGUACUCGAUGCAUUUUGGUGAAUUCCUCUACAUGUUUGGCUCAUUUAUAUUAAAUGUGUAUUUUGGACUGCAAA